AUGUCUAAGAUACUUGCAGUCCUUGGCGCUACCGGCCGGCAAGGUGCUGCACUCAUCGACUAUGUACUCAACGACCCAGAGCUCUCUUCGAAAUACAAAAUCCGUGCCAUUACCCGUCAUGUUGAUUCAGAGAAGUCCAAGCAGCUUAAGGUGAAGGUUGACGUUGUCCUUGGCGAUGUGACUGACCGAGUAUCCCUGGGGAAAGCUUUGGCCGGCGCACAUUUCGUAUUCUCCAUGACUACGCCUUCUUUGGCUCCCAACGCUUUGGAGGUUGAGUACAACAUUGGCAAGACGGUUGCUGAUGUUGCCGUUGAGCAAGGGGCUGAAUACAUUAUCUUCAGUACUCUGCCACCCACUAAAGACAUCUCUAGGGGAAGGUAUGCCUUGGUCACCCCUUUCGAUGCGAAAGCAAAAGUUGAGGAGUACAUCCGGGGAUUGCCUAUCAAGAGCGCCUUCUAUUCGCCGGGGUUCUUCAUGGACAAUUUCACCUCUCAGCCCUUCCUGGCUCCAAAGCAGGAACCGGAUGGCACAUGGGCGUUGGCCCGUCACAUCUCCCCCAAGACGAAAUGCCCUUUCAUAGACGCUAUCAAAAACACUGGAAACUUCGUGGGUGCUAUCCUUGCGGAGCCUGAUCAGUACAAUGGCAAGACGUUUUGCGCUGCUCAAGCACAAUAUACCUUGGAAGAACAAGCUGCAAUAAUUAGUAAGACCACUGGCAAGACUGUCGCCUACAAGCGCAUCUCGGCCGAAGAGUUCAAGAACAGCCUGCCGGUUAUGGCAGAGCUGUUUACCGAAGCCUUUAGCGCUCUGGAGGAGUUCGGCUACUGGGGCCCGCAUUCGGAAGAAAUGGUUACUUGGGCCAUUGAAAACUCGCGAGGCACACUUUCCACGUUGGAAGAGUACUUCCAGGAGAACCCACUCCAACUUGUGUGA